AUGGCGAUCCUGGUCGUGCCGGUGCUGUCCGCGUUGCAAAUCGGGUCGUGGUUCCUCUUCUGGCAUCUCGAUCACGACCCCGGACCAGACGAUCUCGGCAUUGCCGACAACCCCUCGUUGUCUGCAAACACGAUCACGGUGCAUGAUGAGGUAUCGUUCCGUGGCGAUGGACUCAUUCUCAUGGCAGCACAGUUUUUAUGGCGGGCGCGCCAGUCGCCUUUGACCGACGUCACGCUGUUGACUGUGCUUAAUCCUCUCGAAGCACCGGAGUUAAUGGAUUUCGGGGACUUCUGUCGGGGACAUCUGCCCGUGGCCCAGUCGCCCACCGGCGUGAUCCCAGUCCGCAGGGCUCCAGAAUCCAUGGACGGUGCGAGGAGCCUGGGCAUGGUCGGCUCAGGACUGUUGUUCCUUGCCCCUUGUUACAACCCAUACUUGUUACCUCUGGUCUUCGAGGGUGAAGCGGGCUCCGCCACCCAGCUUGAAUAG